AUGUGGAGAUGGACAAACUUCGCAAAAACAGGGAAUCCCAAUCUGGAUGACGCUGGUCGACAGGAUUUUGUUCAAUGGCCACGCUUCAAGGCUCAGACGGAAUCAGAUGAUUACGAGCUCCUGAUACUAGACAUUCCUACAAGAACGGAACGGAACAUUCACAAAGCUGGAUGUCGGUUUUGGGAUGAUGAAAUACCUGGAAUAAUAGAAAAGGGAAUAAAGAAAGAGAGUAACGGGUGCAGUCACCGCCACCAACUCACAGUGCAUACUGUUAACUUAAUUCUCUUUAACGCUUUCGGGUAUAUUUUACUUGCUAACGGUGGUGUUCCGGUCGUGAUCAAUUUCAGCCCCACUCCACUGGUCUUAGGUUGCUAA